AUGAAUCCCUUACCGUUUAGAAUUACUCGUCGUCUAGACAUGGCAGACUCAAGCGAUUAUACGGGUCCUUCAAUCAAUGUGAAUGGUCUGAGCUAUAAGUUCCAGGAUGGUUCUUCAGGCUUGACGAAUGUGACCCUCAAUCUCCCAGCAGGGAGUCGGACAUUGCUCAUUGGAGCAAAUGGUGCGGGCAAGACCACGCUCCUGCGCUUGCUGGCAGGCAAGCGCUUGGCCCCGACAGACACAAUUUCUAUUGCUGGCAAGGACCCCUUCAAGCACGGCCUCGAAGGGGUGACUUACCUGGGUGUCGAGUGGGUUCUGAACAACAUUGUCCGAACGGACAUCGACGUCCCCACGCUUCUAGCAUCUGUGGGCGGAGACGCCUAUCCCGAGCGUAGGGACGAGCUGGUUGAGAUUCUCGACAUCGACCUCCGAUGGCGUAUGCACGCCGUGUCGGACGGUGAGCGCCGCCGUGUGCAGCUGGCGAUGGGUCUGCUGCGCCCAUGGCAGGUGCUUCUUCUGGACGAAAUCACGGUGGACCUGGACUUGCUUUCUAGGAGUAACUUCCUCUCCUUCCUCAAGCGGGAGACAGAGACAAGACCCUGCACGAUCGUCUAUACCACGCACAUCCUGGAUAAUUUGUCGCAGUGGCCCACCCAUCUGGUGCAUAUGCACCUCGGAAACGUCAGGCAAUCGGGCCCCAUGGAAAAAUUCAAGAGCGAGGUCACCGAGACAUCAGAGAACAGUCAACUCGGUGAGCUUGUGCUCAAGUGGCUCAAGGAGGACUUGUCGGCCAGAGGACCGAGAAACGGCCAAUCCAGCCAGAGCAAGACCUACGGGUCACUGGACGGACUUGGGGGAUAUGGGCUGGAGAAGCCAACCUGA